AUGCCGAAGCCACUUGGCAAGCCAGUCCAGAUCACUGCAUUUGUGGACUCCGAUCACGCUGGAGAUAAGGUGACUCGUCGUUCUCGCACUGCAGCGAUAAAGGUCGGGUUUGAGAUUGUGGAAGGCUUGCGAUACAAGCUCAGGAUGAUGGGAGUUCCUCUCGAUGGCCCGGCUCAUGUCAAGGCGGACAACAUGUCCGUGAUCAAGAACUCGAGCAUCCCGGAGUCUACUUUGAAGAAAAAGAGUAACUCGGUCGCAUAUCAUUAUGUCCGGGAAAGAGUCGCUGCAGGCAUGGCAAACAUCACAUAUGAGAGUACUGAGAGCAAUUUGGCGGAUAUGUUGACGAAGAUCCAGAACGGGCCUGUGAGACAGCGACUGGUUUCGAAAGUCCUCUACUAA